AUGGCAAAUCUUUCUAAAUGUGAAUUUGUUGCCUUAGAUAUAUCUGGCAAAAGCUACCUGUCUUGGGUUCUUGAUGCCGAAAUUCAUCUUGAUGCGAUGGGUCUGGCAAACACCAUCAAAGAUAAAAAUCAGGCAUCGAAUCAAGACCAUGCCAAGGCAAUGAUAUUCCUUCGCCAUCACCUUGAUGAGAGCUUGAAAUAUCUCACUGUUAAAGAUCCUCUUAUGUUGUGGAAUAAUUUAAAAGAUAGAUAUGACCACCUGAAGAUGGUUGUGCUCCCACAAGCACUUGAAUUAUGUGGUGAAAAUAUCACUGAUCAUGAUAUGCUGGAGAAAACAUUCUCCACUUUUCCCGCUCGAGUAUGCUCCUACAAAGAAGAAUACCGGGAGAUGAGGUUCAAGAAAUAUUCUGAACUAAUCUCACAUAUUCUAGUGGCUGAACAACAUAAUGAAUUAUUAAUGAAAAAUCAUGAAAGCCGACCUACUGGUACUGCCCCAUUCCCUGAAGUGAAUGAGGCAAAUUUUCGCCAUUCUAGGCGUGGAAGAGGCCGUGGCCCCAAUCGUGGUGAUGGCCGUGCUCGAGGAAGAAAUUUUAAUCAUGAUUCUCGACUUGCACCAAAUAAUACCCUUCACCACUAG